GCGUCGUUUUGCCCUCUCAGAAGCAGGUGGCCACUUGAGGACCAUGGAGCCGGGCAGCAGCCGCGCGGAGGACUUCCCUCUCAACGUGUUUUCCAUCAGCCCUUACACACCCAGUACCGCCGACAUCCAGGUGUCGGAUGACGACAAGGCGGGGGCCACCCUGCUCUUCUCGGGCAUCUUCCUGGGGCUGGUGGGGAUCACCUUCACCGUCAUGGGCUGGAUCAAAUACCAAGAUGUGUCCCACUUUGAAUGGACCCAGCUCCUCGGACCCAUCCUGCUUUCGGUUGGAGUCACGUUUAUCCUGAUCGCCGUCUGCAAGUUCAAGAUGCUUUCCUGCCAGCUGUGCAAAGAAGGCGAGGAGAGGAGCCUGGACCCGGAGCAGGCGCCUGGCGGACAGUCCUUUGUCUUUACUGGCAUCAACCAGCCCAUCACCUUCCAUGGGGCCACCGUGGUCCAGUAUAUCCCUCAGGAGCCCCUGGCACCCAACACCCCCUACCUGCAGCCAGUGGGGAACCCGUGUGGUCUCGUGCCCUCUGGAGGGCCGGUGGCAGCCAUGCCAAGUCCGCCUCGGUACUACACCAUCUACCCUCAGGAUAACGCCGCGUAUGCAGAGGAUGAGGACUACGCCGCUUACCUGGACAGCGGGCAUGGCAGGUCGAGUGCUUACAGGGACCUGAGAGAAGAUGCCCCGCUGCAGGAAGAGGACUGUGUCUGCUUCUCUCCUCCCCCGUACGAGGAAAUCUACUCCGUCCCUCGCUAGAGACGGAAACGCUAAGGGAGCGAGCAUCUUCGUCCUUGUGACCUGACCACGGAGCUAGGCUGCCGGGCUGUGACCUUCCGAAAGGAA